AUGGAAAUUGCUACGUUAACCAAUUGUCCCAAUAUCUUUAUUGACAUAAUUAAUAAAAUUACAAAAAUUCUUUUAAAUAUCCAAAUAUCCCUUCCAAUACUUUAUCCGUUCCUAAAAGACAUCUUUAACAAUAUAGAAAUAAAUAACUCUAAUGAAAUUGUAAUAAUCUUGAUUGAAUACUUGAAAAGAAUCUUAUAUAAACCAAUCAACUCAAGAGAAUUUUUGUAUAUGCCAGAUACAUAUAUUAGAUAUAUACUUGAAAAUAUUGGAUUAGAAAUUAUAACUAAAGAUAUUUUAAAAUGCGCUAUUAAGACAAAGCUGUAUAUUUCUGAGGUUUUUUAUAAAUUUAUGAAAAAUAAUUAUCCAAAUAUCGAUAUUACUGAAGUUGUUGUAGAAUUAUACAUAAAAUCGUCAGCUUUACAUUAUGAAAACAAAAAUAAUUCAAAUAUUUUAUUCAAAUCUGAAUUUUUCUACUAUUGGGUACAUUGCCUAUAUACAAAAUAUCAUAAUCUUAGAAAAGUAUGUUAUGAAGACAUACUUAAAUUUUAUGUUUCGAGAAAAAAUAACGACAAAAUUAAUUUACGAAUAAUUGAUAUAUUUCGUAAUGAAUGUGAAUUAGAAGAAAUACAUGUAAAAAUUAUUUCACAAUCAGAUAACGCUGUAUUUGUAUAUAGCGCAUUACCAUACAUUGUAUCAAUUAAGCUUAGAAAGAUCAUGAUAAAACAUAUUAAUUGUAAGGAUGAGUGUCCUUUAGUUGGUUAUCCAGACCAUGCCAACAUGGAGGCAAAUACUCUUGAUAGCCCAGUCCUCAUCAAUCAUAAAUGA